AUGAAUUUACUGGAAAAAACUUCAGAGAAUCUUCAGAAAGUUAUUGUUCGAGUCAGAACAAAAGAAACUUUAAUUUUGGAUUUCGAGAUCAAACUUUUCAAAGAUUCUAUGGAGAAAUUGAGAACUGGAGAGCAAGGAUUCACGAGAGAACUGAACGAUUCACGUAGUCAUAAAGAAACUGUUCACAAGAUUUUGAAGGAUUAUACACUCGAUCUCGGUACCGUUUUGAACAAUAAUUCAAUCUGUAUUCAUCACUCGAAGAAAAAGAAAGUGAAUUUGGGUAACUUGGAGAAACAAAUGGAAAUUCUUAAGGAACUUCGAAGUUCUGGAAUGAAAAUUAUCAAUCAGCAUUCAGUCAUCGAGAGGCAACUUGUGACAUAA